CAAACACUUCCGAGUUAAAGGUUAGUCAGUGAAAUUAAGAUGGCUGCCCCCUUGGAGUUAUACUGCUGGAAAGGCGACUGGGGUUUACCGUCUAUAGAUACAGAUUCUUUGACCGUUCUGGCCUAUGCCAAAUUUGCAGGCGCCCCUCUCAAAGUCCACAAGAUCACCAACCCCUGGAGAAGCCCAACGGGUUCUCUGCCAGCUCUAAAGACCAGAGAGGAGGGCAGUGUCUCUCAGCCCAGCAAGAUCAUCAUCCACCUCAGGAAACAGAAGUACAAUGCAGACUAUGACCUAUCGGCGAAGGAGGGGGCGGACACUCUCGCCUUCAUCUCCCUACUGGAGGAGAAACUGCUGCCGGCACUGAUCUACACCUUCUGGCUGGACUCCAAGAACUAUGUGGACCUGACGCGGCGUUGGCACGCGGACAACGUCCCCUUCCCGCUCAACUUCUUCCUGCCCAACCGCAUCCACGGGCAGCAGCUGGACCGGCUGCGAUUGGUCCGCGGCGACAGCGGGCUGGAGCCUGGCGACGACAUCGAGAAGGAGCUGUACAGAGAUGCCCUAGAGUGCAUGACUCUGCUCUCUCAGCGCUUGGGCUCACACAAGUUCUUCUUCGGGGAUUCCCCCUCCUCUCUGGAUGCCUAUGUGUUUGGGUACCUGGCCCCGCUGGUGAAGGCCAAGCUUCCCAACGCCAAACUGCAGCAGCACCUGACCUCCCUGGACAACCUGCGGCUCUUCUGCUCCAACAUCCUCACCCUGUACUUCCCCUCCGAGGGGCGAGAGCCCCCCUCCCAGAAGCCCUCGGGCCAGGCGGACGGGGGGGACUUUGACCACGAGCCUCACAAGCGGCGUAAGCAGUUGCUGUCGGCGCUGCUGGCCCUGGGCGCCAUGCUGGGCUACGCGGUCCUGACGGGCAUCGUGUCCAUCCAGCGCGUCCAAUCGCAGCAGGCCAUCGACGCGCCCCACCGGCACCGGCCCCAGGACGAGGAAGACGAGGAGUGAGACCGUGAGGAGGAGGAGGAGGAGGAGGAGGAGGUGGAGGAAGAGCAGAGCAUCUUUGCAGCCGUCAAGGACUUUUGGGGAGGGAGUGACAGAGAGGGGGGGGGGCCGUCCCGGGAUGUCGACGUUCUCCGCUUCGGACAGAACCCGGAUUCAGGCGUCGCAAAAACGCACUUUCCUCCGUUUCUGAAGAGAUGUAUAAUUACCUAUCGCAAAAAAAAAAAACAGCUACGGAAAACACUCUGCUAUCCAGGCCUCUGAUGUCUGUCUGUUAGCCUUUCUGACAAACCAGUUAGAUUCUACCGAUAUGCUUGAACAACAGAUAAAGACGUGGACACUAUGGGAGAAGGGAGCUGUGUAUAUUUAGAUACUUUCAAGACGGGCAACUUCGAGGCAAUAGCCUUUGUAAGAACAAAGCAGAACGUUAUCGAUAGCUUGUUGUUUUUUUUCGCUUUAUUUUUUACUAUAUUGUAUAAUUUCAGGACUGGUUGAAAGUAUUUUUUUGGUUUGCUGCCAGAUAUAUAAACAGGGUUUGGAGUUGUUAUUUUUCCUUGUUUUU